CGGCGUGAUCGGAGAUUCAAUCAAAAUAAGAAAAGGCGUAAAACGGUUGCCCACCUAAAAAAACAGCGCCCAUUCUCUUUCAUUCCCCACAAUAUAAAGAGGAGGAGGACAUCAAAUUUAUGUUGCCCUUUUCCCACCUCUCUCCUCUUUAAAAUGGUUUUCAAGUUAUUCUUGUGAGUUGAUCAACUCAGAUCAGAAAAAACAGAGCAUGCUGACAGCUAUUGCUCCCCCUAAAGAGGGCGAUAUCGGCUUGAGCCAAUCAUUGGAACAUUCAGCUUGACUGUGAUGGUGAUUGGCACAACACACUUCUUCAUUGAUUUAUUGCUGAUCACAACAUUCAAACAAGCGCAAGGCGAUUUUCAACAUUUUUAUCUCUUCGUUCAUUUCAUUUGUUUGAUUUUCACAAUGCUGUUGAUGACGUAUGGUUUCGCAAUUAUACAUAAACCAAACUAUCAUGCGAUUUGCAACUUUCGUAGUUGGACAUUAUUGCUAAGUAUGUUUUUGGGUUUCAGUGGUUCUUUCGCUUCACUUGGAUUCGCUUUGGAUUGGACUUUCUUUCAUCAAAGUUGCAUGGAGAAUGUUUAUUCAGCUUCAGUCGCUGCUGCGCUUGCCCAUAUGGAAGCACAAACGACUGUACACAAAGAUGACGCCAGAGAAGAACGUUUUGAUGGCGAAAGUGUAUGCAAGGAAACAUUUGAUGGAUUAUUGUGUACCCAAUUAAUCUUAUACGUUCUUAUGCAAGUUUCCAUCGUGAUUUUAUUCCUCAAUGUUAAUUCAUUCAAAGCCACCAGGUUUGAAAAAGAGGACAAAAUCAGCGCAAUUCGAAAACGUAAACAAUUGGCAGAACGAAAUAAGAGAUUGGGUGUUCGACCAAAAGAAGAAGGAGAUGAAGUUGAAGGAAUCAACGUUCAAGAUGCAGACAUUGAAGAUUUGGAAGAAAUGGAAAAAGGUAAAGGAAAAUCUGUUACAUUUGCAAAACAACAGGGUGAAAGUCCAAUAUCGGAUUCAGAUAUGACGAAUUUCAUGUCUUCACCCAGCACGGAUCAUGAACGAUCACCUCCCGUUGAAGGAUUUUUGGGAGGAGAACAUCAAAGCAAGCAACCGGCUUUACCUCCGCGAAGCAAACAAUAUGUAUUGCCGCAUUUUCACUUACCUCACUCUUCGCCAUUUGCCAUUUUUCGUACUCCAAAGAGUUCAAUGAAUGCUACUGAACGCAAUCACCUAUUUCAACAUCCAGAAUCACCUUUCUCCGCUACGAUUCCCACGCCUCCGCCUGUUUGUUCGCCAUUGCAAGGAGGGGAGGAUGAAGAUGCGAUUGUGCCGAUUUCACCAUUUGAAGUGAUGCAAAACAGACAGCAAGCUUCUACUUACUCUACCACACGCAAGAAGCCUUAUCAACAAUAUGAUCGACAUGCCACGCCUCAACAAGAACAUCCGAUUCCAUUCCCGGUCAAGCAAUCAAACAGUGUACCCAAAAUUAUUGUUGAUUAUUAUGACCAAGAUGGGAAAGUUCAUACUGAAGAUCCUAUCAAACGAGCUCUUAAAGCGUUCACAGCAUCCAAGGAUAAAUGAAAAAAUGCCGGCGGCAUGUGUAGAUAUGAUAGUUGUGGCUGAGUGUAAAUCUUGCAUGUGGAAAUUGAUCAUCUCUUUGUUGGCUUCCCCCGAUCUAUUGACAGACAAUAUACACUGCCAAUCUGCCUAAAAGAAAGCGUAAACGCGCGUGUGAUAAUCAAAAAUAAGUGAGCAAUUUUGG